CCCCCUUGCCGAGCCAGCCCCCCCCGGAAUGGCCAGGCUCCACCUCACGGGCGGUGAUGUCAUAGCAGGGUCCGCAGUCCCCGCAGCAGCAGCCGGGCUCCGCAUCCCCAGCUUCGCCGCGGGGGGCGGGGGGGAGGGACCCAGAGCCAGGAUCGGGCCCCGCCAGCAGGAUCCGGCCGCCUUCGCCCCCCUCCGCCCUGCUCCGCCCGCCCCCCCCAGCACGCGGCCCGGCCCAGCCCGGCCCCCCCCCAUAGACACACACACCGGGAGGUGGUGGAGCCGCCCCCCAAAAUAACGGGGGGCGGGCGUUGACUGACAACGCCUGCUGCCUGCCAGCUUCUCUGUAUCUCUCCAAACUCCAGCCCCUCCCGGCACCCUCUCUCUCGUCCAGGAUCCUGACCUCCCCCACACACCUUGGUCCUGCCCCCCCCCCCGCCGGGGGCAAGUGGAGGCGGGCCUGUGAUGACGCCUCCCCCGUGGAGCGCCCUGAUUUGACUGCCCCCCUUCCCUUCCCCCCCGCCGCGUGCCGGGGGGCGCGCCGUGCCCGCCCCCCCCAAUGCUGAGCUCAGUGUGCGUCUCCUCCUUCCGCGGGCGCAAGCCGGGCAGCCAGGCGCCAGCCAAGUCAUGCGCCAGGGGGGACAUGGGCCGGCACGAGGACAGCGAGAAGAUCGUGAUUAACGUGGGGGGGGUGCGGCACGAAACCUACCGCAGCACCCUGCAGACCCUGCCCGGCACCCGCCUGGCCUGGCUCACCGAGCCCGAUGCCUGCAGCAACUUCGACUACGACCCGGCCGCCGACGAGUUCUUCUUCGACCGCCACCCUCAGGUCUUCGCCUACGUCCUCAACUACUACCGCACGGGCAAGCUGCACUGCCCGGCCGACGUGUGCGGCCCGCUCUUCGAGGAGGAGCUGGCCUUCUGGGGCAUCGACGAGACCGACGUGGAGGCCUGCUGCUGGAUGAACUACCGGCAGCACCGGGACGCAGAGGAAGCGCUCGACAGCUUCGAGGCCCCCGAGACCCUGGAGGAGGAGGACACCGCCGGCGACCUCAAGCGGCUCUGCCUGCAGGAGGAUGGGCGCCAGGCCGGCUGGUGGCGCCGCUGGCAGCCCAAGGUCUGGGCGCUCUUUGAGGACCCGUACUCCUCCAAGAUGGCCAGGUACGUGGCCUUCGCCUCCCUCUUCUUCAUCCUCCUCUCCAUCACCACCUUCUGCCUGGAGACACACGAGGCCUUCAACCGCGUCAUCAACAAGACGGAGACGGUGGCGGUGGCCAACGGGACGGCCACCCAGGUGGCGGUGGAGGUGGAGACGGAGCCGUUCCUCACCUACGUGGAGGGAGCCUGCGUGAUCUGGUUCACCUUCGAGUUUCUCAUGCGGGUCUGCUUCUGCCCGGACAAGCUGGAGUUCAUCAAGAGCAGCCUCAACAUCAUCGAUUUUGUGGCCAUCCUGCCCUUCUACCUGGAGGUGGGCUUGCGGGGCCUCUCUUCCAAGGCGGCCAAGGACGUGCUGGGCUUCCUCCGGGUGGUGCGUUUCGUGCGGAUCCUGCGGAUCUUCAAGCUGACCCGGCACUUCGUGGGGCUGCGGGUGCUGGGCCACACGCUCCGGGCCAGCACCAAUGAGUUCCUGCUGCUCAUCAUCUUCCUGGCCUUGGGCGUCUUGAUCUUCGCCACCAUGAUCUACUACGCCGAGCGCAUCGGGGCCGACCCGGACGACAUCACGGGCAGCAAGCACACCGACUUCAAGAACAUCCCCAUCGGGUUCUGGUGGGCCGUGGUGACCAUGACCACCCUGGGCUACGGAGACAUGUACCCCAUGACCUGGUCGGGCAUGCUGGUGGGGGCGCUGUGCGCCCUGGCCGGGGUGCUGACCAUCGCCAUGCCCGUGCCCGUCAUCGUCAACAACUUCGGCAUGUAUUACUCCCUGGCCAUGGCCAAGCAGAAGCUGCCCAAGAAGAAGAACAAGCACAUACCCCGGGCGCCCCAGCCCGGCUCGCCCAACUACUGCAAGCCCGAGGGAGCCCCCGGCCCCCGACCCGGCCCCCCCGCCACCGACGCUUGCCCCCUGGCCCAGGAGGAGAUCAUCGAGAUCAACCGGGCAGACUCCAAGCAGAACGGGGAUGCGGCGAAGGCGGCGCUGGCCAAUGAGGACUGUCCCACCAUCGACCAGGCCCUGUCCCCCGAGGAGAAGUCGCCCGUCACCCCCGCGGCCCAUGAGCGCUACAGCCACGACCGCGCCUGCUUCCUGCUGACGGCCGGCGAGUUCGGGCCGGCGCCCGACGGCAACAUCCGCAAAGGUUAUGAGAAGUCCCGGAGUCUGAACAGCAUCGCGGGGCUGCGCCUCUCGCCCGCCCCCAGCCCCCUGGGCUCACCCGGCGCCCCCCGGCACCCCCGCCCCCCGCUCCCCUCCAUCCUAUAGCCCGGGGCCCCGGACUCUGCCCCCCCUCAACUUUUUACGCAAAAAAGAAGAACAAACAAAAGAACAAGACAGAAGAGAGGAGGCGUCGCCGGGGGCAACCGGGGGGCUUCAUCGCCGGGGGCAACCGGGGGGCUUCGUCGCCGGGGGCAACGUGGGUCCCAUUCCCCCUUUGGCUUCUACAGGACACGUUACACGGCACUUUCUAGAACAUUCAUGAAUUACGCCCCUGCCCCCUCCUGGAGCAGGACGCCUGGGUCCCUCCGGGGAGGGGCCUGACCUGGGGCUGGGGGGGGGUAGAGUUUAUAUUUUUUGGCAGGAGGGAGGUUUGCUCUGAGAAUCCAAAUACUGUGGGGGGGGAUCAGUAAGGGACAGAGAUGGGGGGGUCCCAGAGCCCCCUGCCCCAUGCUGCACCUCUGGGUCCUUCAGUCCAUUCCCUCCAGCUGUCUGUCUGUCCUCAUCCACACCCCUCCGUCUGUCUGUCUGUCCCCGGACAUCCCCCUCUGGCUGGCUGUCCCCAUGCACCCCGCUCCAACUGUCUGUCUGUCCUCAUCAACACCCCUCUGUCUGUCUGUCUGUCUGCAUUCACCCCCCUCCAGCUGUCUGUCCUCAUCAACACCCCUCCAGCUGUCUGUCUGUCCCCGGACACCUCCCUCCAGCUGUCUGUCCCCAUACACACCGCUCCAUCUGUCUGUCCUUGUACACUCCCCUCUGACUGUCUGUUCUCAUUAACACCCCUGUCUGUCCUCAUCAACACCCCUCCGUCUGUCUGCCUGUCCCCGGACACACCCCCUCCGACUGUCUGUCUGUCGGUCCUCAUAACCCGCCUCCGACUAUCUGUCUGUCCCCAUCAACCCCUCUCCGGCUGUCUGUCCCCAUACACUCCUCUCCGGCUGUCUGUCUGUCCUCAUCAACCCCCCUCCAGCUGUCUCCAUACACAUCCCUACGUCUCUCUGUCUGUCCCCAUACACACCCCAUCCCCCAGUCUGCCCCCAGAUGCACCAUUCCAUCCGUCCACCCCUGUGUGCGCCUGUCUGUCUGUCCCCCCCACACCCUCUGUUCUGGUUUCUGGACUCACAGACUCUGUCCUUUGAGGGACCCCCCCCACUGCUGGACCCCCCGCCCGCUUGGUUCUCUCCUGCAUGGAUCUUCCAUGGAUCACACAAGCAAUAAGCUACAUGCUGGCCUCUCCGGCCGCAUGCCGCCGGGCCCGGGACGCAGACACUUCGCGGACCGUCGGGUCGGACGGACGGACGGACGGAGGAGCGCCGGCGUCGGGUGAGGGGGGGGCAGCCGGCUCCCACUUUCCUCCUCCUCCCCUGCCUGGCUUCCAGCUGCCCGGGGGUCAUGCCCCCCGUCCUGGCGCGGCCCGUCACUGUGAUCCCCACCCCGGCUGCGCCCCAGGGCCGGACGCCAGCGCCAGCGGAACCGAGGGCCUCAGCGGCCGGAGGUGGGACCGGCGUGUGUGUGGGGGGGUCCCCUCCCUGCGGGUGCAGGAUUGGGACCGGACACCCCGCCCCCCCCCCGCCCGGAGCUGAUCUCCAAGUUGCAUUGUACCAGCCAGCAUGUGUCUGCAUGUGAAUCCGCUCGCGUUAUAUGCAAAACUUCCCUCCCCACACCAGCCCCGGCCUGAGGGGGGGGAGGGCACUGGACCCCCCCCAAGCCCAGGGUCUCCUCUCCUUUAGCGCCCAGUUUGCCCUCCUCCCCUGUAGGAAGGGGAGGUAGCGAGAGGGGAUGCAGUGGGGGGGGAACUGUGGGGGGCCAUUUGAGGUGGGGGGCACAGCUGGGCCCCCCCCCACCUGGCCCUGCUCUUCCUCACUCAGUUGCCCCCCCACCGGAGACCCCCCACAACCUCCACCUACAGCAAACUAGGCCUCAAAGUGUUGGAGCCCCCCCCCAGCAGCUGCAUGGCCUAGGGCUGGGGAGAGACUGCCCCCCCAUACAUCACCCCCCACCCCUUUGCAGGGUGGACAACCCCCCACCGGGAAAUUCAUCUAUCACACUAUGCAACAUCACCCCGUCUGAGCCGGGGGGGGUCUCCUGGGGGGGAGCCCUCUCAAUUCCAGCCCCUUCCCGCCAUUGCUCUGAGAGACCCACCCCGACCCCUUCCCGGUCUCUUGCCCCCCCGCCCCCAGCAGAUGCCGGAAGCUUCUUAUGCAACAAUUCCUAUGCAAAAUGAAAACGAUUCUCUCGCUAGUUAGAUGGGGCGGGGGCAGGAGGGGGGGUCUGACUUUAUUCCCACCCUGGAGAAGUAGAUGGGGGGGAAGGCUGGGGGGAGGGGAUUCCCCUGUAGUGCUGCCCCCACCCCUGUCCUUGCCCACUGCUGAGGGCAGCUAAUCGGUCAUAUUGACCAAAGGCCCCCCCCCCCCAAGCCUGGCUGGGUUCACCCCAGCGCCGAGCCCCCCCGCCCCAUCGGGGGGGAUGUGGGGGCCUCGACCAGCCCCUCAUGUGGGGGGAGCAUGCUAUUUAAAGGGAGGGGCAAGGCCUGUCUACCGCCUCCCCCAAGUGCACGUUAUGGGGGGGUUCCAAUUAAUUUAAAAUAGGCUCCCCCGUAAACACUUGCCCCCCCCGUAUCUGACUCAUCCGUCACUGGGGUGGGGGCUAAUCUUUUUCUGUGGUUUUCCCCCUCCCAACACACACAUAUCGCACUUUAAACACCCCCCCCUUGGGAAUUUCAGCUCCUCACUUCCGGAUGGGAUUCGCUUAAUAUAUUGGGGGGUUACAGGUCGCGCACCCACCCCACCUCCGGCCCUGUGGAGCUGCCCCCCCCAUUGCACUGAGCUCAGGGAGAAAUAAAAUCAAGGGCGGGGGGGCGGUGCUGGCUCCUUGAUUAAAUUAUCUCCCGGGGGGGGUGUCCCUGAUUUAAGAACUGGGGGGCGGGUGGGGGGAGCUGAGCCCUGUAGCUGUGGGGCAGCCCCACAGAGGACAGGGUUGACAAUGUCUUCCAGCAACUACAGAAGUUUUAGACUCAGGAAUGGGGGGGCCUGGGUAUGGUCCAGCCCCCCCCCCCGCGGGGGGGACAAGAGGCAGGGAAAGGUGCAAAGUGGGGGGGAUGGUCAGGUGGAGGGGGCCCGGGGGGGGCACAGAUCUAUUUUUUCAAGCAGAUGUUUAAUAAAAUGCAGAAUCGCGACAUUAUUUUUUCAUAGAAACAACCCCCCCGUCACCCCCCCCCAGUUUCCAAGGCAAAGCACCAGCUGUGAGGGAGUCAGGGGUGGGGGGGGCACCACCGGGCAUGAGCCAUGUGGCUGGGGGAGAGACACACUCCUGCCCCCCCCAGAUGCCUGGGUCCCAUCGCCCCAUAUUUCCUGCCUCCCCCACUCCCCCCCCCCCCGUGGCUGGUCCUGGCCCCAACCCCAAAAGUGUGCCAAAUUUGUGAGUUGUGAUGGGGGGGUGAAUAACUGGAUGACAUGUAAUUCCAGCCCCCCCCGCCUGUGCCAUGUUUCUCCCCCCCUUGCUCUAGCCCUCCCCCAUCUCUCAUCCCUCCCCACCCUUCUCGGCUGCCCCGGGCAUGUGUUGGUACCAGCCCCCCCCCCACAACCCACAUCCCUGGGGGGGGGUCCCCUCGUGGGAUCAGUGUGCCUGGGUUGGGGGGGGGUCUCCCUAGUGCUGUCCCCCCACACAAAGCAAUAAUACUGCCCCAGCAGCAUUCUGACCGGGGGGGGGGCUGGUCGGGGGGGGGAAGACCUGGCUGAGCCCUGAGCCCCAGGGACAAGCUAGUAGGUUUUCCCCCCACCCCAUGUGCCAGCAGGACCCAAGGUGACCCCCCCAACUCAGCCAAGGCCUUGAGCCUAGGGGUCGUCCCCCCAUAUCCUGCCUCCCCCCGCAUCCUGCCUCCCCAUCCACCCCCCAUCCAUCUGUCUGUCCUUCAACCCCCUGUCCCCCACCCCUCCUUUGUCCUGCCGUCCCAUCUUCCAGGCCCCACCACACCUUCCUUCCCCCCCCCCUUCCUGCCACAUAUCGACCCCCCCAUCCCCUCCCAGCAAGUCUUCCUCCCUCCCACCUCUGGAGGGGGGCAUCCUUCACCGCUCCCGUUCAACUCUGGUGCUACGCAACCCCUGGGGGGGGGGGCUGGUGUUGCCCCCCCGGCCCGCCUGGACUCCCCCACCCAAGCGCUCAGGGCUGGGUGGGGGCUGAGCAGCUCCUGUGGCGGGGGUUGUGCUUUUGUUGCUGUUUCUUUUCUUUCCCCUGUUAUCUGUCCCCCCCCAUGUCCCCUCCCCAGUCUCUGCUUGCGGGGGGGGGGGGUCCGGGGGCUGCAUGAUCGGCCAGGCCAGGACUUUACAGCAUGAAAUAAACUAAUCCUUUUCAUUGAAA